AAAAAAAAACACUUAAUUUUUUUUCCUUUUGCUCUUUUGGAAUUUUCCGUUGGGGCCAAAAGAGAGAAAAACAAUCUCAAAUCUCCUCAAAAAUAAAUAAAUUUUCGUAACGAGUUUGGAGAUUCCUCAUUUCUUGGGAAAUGGAUAAUCAACCCUUAAUCAGUCCUCAGUCACGUUACCGCCUCGAACCCAUACCGGAAAACCCAGACUCCGUCGUCUCCGCCGCUUCCUCCGUCACAAUCCCUCACUCAAUCUCCACCACCUCCUUCUUCCAAGAGAUUGUCCAUCAUCACCACCACCAUCACGACCUCGAAGAAUCCGAACACAAAGACACAGACCCAGAUUCUUAUUUCACCAAUCCUCGACCACUUCAUCGAUGCCGUACAGCUCCGGCGAUGGUAAUCAUCAAAGACCUAACACGCGAAACCCAAGCUGUUACCAAAAAGCCUUCACCAAUCCCUAAAUCGAUUAUCAAACAAGCGAUUUUCCUUCUAAUCGUCUACCUAACCCUAGGCGUCUCAGUGUAUUCGUUCAAUCGAGAUCACUACUCUGGAAUCGAGACUCAUCCCGUCGUCGACGCGCUCUAUUUCUGUAUCGUCACUAUGUGUACAAUCGGUUACGGAGACAUCGCACCGUUGACUCCAUGGACGAAGAUCUUCGCAGUGCUCUUCGUCUUGUUCGGGUUUGGGUUUUUGGAUAUUCUUCUUAGUGGCGUUGUGAAUUACGUUCUGGAUCUUCAGGAGAGUAUGAUUCUCACCGGAAUCCAAAUGGGCUCGACGACGCAUCACCACCACCACAGAUUCUCGGCGAAGGAUUACAUAAUCGAUUUCGAAAAGGGGAGGAUGAGGAUAAGGAUCAAAGUGUUUUUAGCGUUAUGCGUCGUCGUUUUGUGCGUCGGAGUUGGGGCUUUGGUUUUGCAUCUCGUCGAGGGUUUGGAUCUCGUUGAUUCGGUUUACUUGUCGGUUAUGUCGGUCACGACGGUUGGGUAUGGAGACCGAGCGUUUAAAACGCUUCAGGGACGGCUUUUCGCGGCGGCUUGGCUCCUCGUCUCGACGCUCGCGGUGGCGCGUGCGUUUUUGUAUCUGGCGGAAGCGAGAAUCGAUCGCCGGCACCGGAGAGCUGUGAGAUCGGCGUUGAAAAGAGAGAUUACCGUCGCCGAUUUGCUCACUCCUGAUACCUAUCAACAUGGUUUCAUCAGUAAAUCAGAGUAUAUUGUGUUGAAGCUUAAGGAAAUGGGGAAGAUCAGUGAUAAAGACAUUAACCAAGUUGUUAAUCAGUUCGAUAAACUUGAUCCUAAUAAUUUGGGGAAAAUCACAUUACCUGAUCUUUUAGGAGGUAGUUCUUGACACAAAAAGAACACUUUCUUUCUCUGUUUUUUUUUCCCCUCCUUGUACAAUUUUCUUCUUUUUUUUUCCCUUUGUAAGAAAUAUAACUGAAUAUAUGUAGCAGCACUGAUUCAUACAAAGAGUUAUCUCUCUUCAUUAGAGGUAAUAGAAAUGUAUAUGUUUUUUUUU